AUGCCGCUGUUCGCGCUGCUCUUCCUCUUCUGCGCGCUGCUCCGCCCGGUGCCGAAGAGCUGCAGUGGGCCGAUCAGCUACGGCGUUGCUGUCGGUUGGCAGUAUUUGGCGUACGUCUGCGUCACGUUUGGGUGCCUUCGGCACACCUACUUUUCGUUGCUCGUGAUGCGCGCCAAGCAGCUCGCGGACUUCCUCUUCACGACCAGCCUCACCCUCUCGUACUUCCCCUACUCUGAAGCCGUCGGCUCGAUGGACUACUUCUAUUUCAACGGCUUGUACGUCGGCUCGUACGACUACGUCCGCUCGCUCAUCCUCGAUGCCAAGCGCGAACGCUCCCUCUCGCUCGGCUCGGUUGCCCUCUCCCUCCCGCGCAGCUUCUCACCGCUCACGCCGGUCUUCUUCAGCACCGGCUCGCCAUACCACUCCGCGUGGCGAACCGUCUUCUUCCGUGAGUUCACGCGCCGCGCCGACGUGCAAGCGAUGCUAGCCGACGACGCGGCGGGCCUCGCGGCCGUCGCCGCACCCUACAUCAGAGAGUGGUUGGCGGUCGGCGAUUUCCACACGCGCGAGCACGUCUCGGCCUGCAUCUUCCGCCUCCUCGCUCGCAUCCUCUUUGGCAUCGAGACCGUGCCCCAAUCGCUCCUCGCCGCCGCGCAGGCAUUUGGCUCCAGCAUGGGCGCCUUCACGGCCGUCGCCCCCGCGUGGGCGCACUCGCUGCUCUGUGGCAAGCUGCAGGCCAGCUAUGGCGAGCCGGCGCGCUACGGCCUCUCCUCCUACCUCCUCGAGCACUGCAACGCCGCCAAGCCCGCCGCCCUCAAGGGGCGGCCCUUUGACUGGGCGGCCAUGGCGGCCGAGUGCCUCCGCAGCGGCGCCCUCGCCGACGACGAGGGGCACCGCCCCGGCAGCGGCGGCCACGCGGACGCGCCUCUCGACCCCGCGCACGUUCGAUCGUACGUGCAGAGUGUCGUCGACGGCCUCCUUUUCGCCGGGCUGAUCGGCACCUCCACCCUCGUCGACACGUCAGCCCUGCCGCGGCUGCGCGGCGUGUACAAGCCCGAGGGAGGCCGCCCAGAGACGCUCCUCUCCGCCGCGGAGCACCUCGCGCUCUACCGGCAGCGGCCCCGCCCCUGGCUGCUCGAGGCGGUCCGGCUGCAGCCGCCCGUCAUGUCCUCCUCCAAGGUAACGCCCGCCGGCGGCACCCGCUGCCCCUUCCGCGGCGCCGAGCGCAUCCUGCCCGAGGGCACCUUCGUGGUCGCCAACCUGUACCACGCCUCCACCGACCCUGCGGCGUGGGGCAACGACGCGCACGACUUCAAGCCCGGCCGCCCGGCCGAUAAGUACCUGAACUGGAACGGCCCGUUCGGCGGCGACGCGCCGCGCCAAUGCCCGGGCGAGCACCUGUCCUUGGAGAUGGGGAAGGCGCUCGUCGACGCGUGGGUCGAGGCCAAGGCGCCGCCGCUCGAGGCGUGA